CAAACGGUCAGUUGCUCGUUGCUGGCCUGAUGCUGCAAGUAGCAAGGCAGCGUCUUCAACAUUUUUUAACAUUCCUUUCGUUCCUUCGUGUAAAAUUUCACGUGUUUUUACCAUAGUCGUUCUAAAAACCCCUCGUAUACCGUAGAAAUAAGGUAGAAACAAUGGUUAAAGAACAGUAUCGAGAAACUGAUGUGAUCAGAAAAAUAGCUAAAGUAAGCUUUGGAAUUCAGAGCCCACAAGAAAUCCAACAACAAGCCCACAUUCAAAUAGUGAGCGAAAAACUGUAUCUGGAGAAAUCUUCUAGUAAUCAAGAUUCUUCCAGAACACCCAUGCACUAUGGAAUGCUGGAUAGGAAAAUGGGGAUGAAUGUUAAAGAUGCACUUUGUGGUACAUGUGGAAAAGGGCUUGAGGACUGUGUGGGACAUUUUGGGUACAUUGAUUUGGAACUUCCAGUUUUCCAUGUUGGAUAUUUCAAGGCUACUAUAAAUGUCUUGCAAACAAUUUGCAAAACAUGCUCUCAUGUGAUGCUCACUGAGAAGAUGAGAAAAAUUUAUCGAGCUAAGCUAAGGAAUCCAAGCUUACCCUAUCUGUGCAAGAAAGCACUGAGGAAGCAAAUUCAAGAAUUGUGCAAAAAAGUAAAAAGGUGCCCCCAUUGUGAUGAAAUGAAUGGUGUGGUGAAGAAGUGUGGAAUGUUGAAGAUAUCCUAUGAAAAAUUUCGAAAUGCCAAAAAACCCAUCAUUGAAGCAGAAUUAGUUGCCUACGAUAAUGCUGUACAGUUCAACAAAGAGAUUGAACCAAUGUUGUCAUCUGCCUUGAUCAAAAUGCUGAAUCCAAUUGAAGUACUGCACCUCCUUGAGAGAAUUCCAGACGAACAUAUCCAAUUUCUACUGAUGAAUCCGGAACAUGGGCACCCAAAGGACAUGAUUCUCACCCGUGUUCCAGUUCCUCCAGUUUGCAUUCGACCUUCCGUAGUGUCCGAUUUUAAAUCGGGGACAAACGAAGAUGAUUUGACAAUGAAACUAACAGAAAUUGUCUUCCUGAAUGGGGUGAUUGUCAAACACCGUCUCUUGGGUGUAACAAGCCAAAAGAUUCUAGAAGACUGGGAUUUUUUGCAGUUGCAAUGUGCACUUUACAUCAACAGUCAAUUGUCCGGGAUACCUUUACACAUGCAAACAAACAAAAAAUCUCGUGGUCUAGUUCAACGCCUAAAAGGGAAACAAGGACGGUUUCGUGGAAAUCUUUCGGGGAAGCGUGUCAAUUUCUCCGGAAGAACAGUAAUUUCGCCUGACCCGAAUUUGCGGAUUGAUCAAGUUGGCGUUCCGGAAUUGAUUGCGAAACUUCUGACUUACCCUACUCUUGUUAAUGAAGCCAAUAUCGAAUUAAUGAGAAAAUUGGUAAGAAACGGACCAGACAUCCAUCCUGGCGCCAUUUUUCUAAAGGAAAAAGAUUCAAAAUUGACAAGAUCCCUGAAGUACGGAAAUCGCGAAACCCUAGCUCGAAACCUGAAGCGCGGCGAUUUGAUUGAAAGGCAUAUGAUGGACGAAGAUAUCGUCUUGUUCAACCGUCAGCCGUCGUUGCAUAAACUUUCCAUUAUGUGUCACCGAGCCAAGAUUUUGCCGCACCUCACUUUCCGCCUUAAUGAGUGCGUCUGUACACCCUAUAAUGCAGAUUUCGACGGUGACGAGAUGAAUCUUCAUCUUCCUCAAACAGAAGAAGCUCGCGCCGAAGCCUUGAUCUUAAUGGGAAGUAAAUCAAAUUUGGUGACUCCGCGCAACGGCGAAUUACUGAUAGCAGCUAUUCAAGAUUUCAUAACUGGAGCUUAUUUACUGACAUUAAAGGAUGCUUUCUUCGAUCGAGCCAAGACUUGCCAAAUGGUUGCAUCCAUGCUUGCAGGUGACGAGGUGAACAUGGUCAUUAAACUUCCGCCUCCCUGUAUCCAAAAGCCCGCAGCCAUGUGGUCAGGGAAACAGAUUUUUAGUUUGAUUCUUCGACCCAAUCCUGGAAAUCCCAUUAAAGUUAACUUGAGAACUAAAGGGAAAGAAUAUUCUAAGAAGAACGAAGAGUUUUGUGUCAACGACGGGUUUCUAUUGGUCCGUAAUUCUGAGGUGUUAGCAGGAUGCGUUGACAAAUCUACCAUUGGAUCUGGUUCAAAAAUCAACAUUUUUUACGUACUUCUUCGCGACUACGGAGAGGAUUUCGCUAUUCAGGCAAUGUGGAAACUUUGUCGGGUAGCUUCUUAUUAUAUGAUGAACCGGGGAUUCUCUAUCGGCAUUGGUGAUGUAACUCCUGGUAAAACUUUGUUGAAAGAAAAGCAAAAACUUUUGGACUCUGGUUAUUCCAAGUGCGACGAAUACAUUCGUUUACUCACAAUUGGUCAAUUACCUUGCCUUCCUGGUUGCAAUGUAGAAGAAUCCUUGGAAUCGAAAAUCCUUAAAGAACUUUCUGGAAUUCGUGACCAGGCCGGAGAAGUGUGCAAAAAGGAGCUGCAUCCGAGUAACAGCCCAUUGGUCAUGUCAAAAAGUGGCUCAAAAGGAUCAUACAUCAACAUUUCUCAGAUGAUUGCCUGCGUAGGACAACAAGCUUUAAACGGCAAACGAGUUCCCAAUGGUUUUGAAGACCGUAGUUUGCCUCACUUUAAGCGACAUUCAAAAAUCCCGGCAGCUAAAGGGUUUGUCUCCAACAGCUUUUACUCCGGACUUACUCCCACAGAAUUUUUCUUCCACACAAUGGGCGGGCGUGAAGGAUUGGUGGAUACAGCCGUAAAAACAGCUGAAACUGGUUAUAUGCAACGGCGACUAGUAAAAUCGUUGGAAGACCUUUGUUGCCAGUACGAUUCGACUGUGAGAAACUCCACUGGAGAGAUUAUUCAAUUUGUUUAUGGAGGUGAUGGGCUAGAUCCUACUUACAUGGAAGCCAAAGAUCGCCCGGUUGAUUUCCAACGAGCUCUUGACCAUAUCAAAGCCGCUUCCCCUUAUCCGGAUGAAGAACCUUUGGAUGAUAUUGAACUGCAACAAGCUUUCAACACAAUAAUGGACACGGAUUCUUUUAAAAUGCUUGGAGUCGACUUUCAACAUGAGCUCCGGGUUUUUGUUGAGAGCCAAGUCAAACGGAUAAAAAAAGUACGGCAGCUUUUCAAAAUGGAAGGGCGAUCUUUACUUACAGUAGAAAAACACCUGGAGCGCAUAACUGUUGGUCAGUUAGUGGAAUUCUGCGACUUUUCUAAGGAAAAGUAUGAACGGGCUAAAAUUGAGCCAGGUACCGCCGUUGGAGCACUUUGCGCCCAGAGUAUUGGAGAACCGGGUACUCAAAUGACGCUCAAGACAUUUCAUUUUGCUGGUGUUGCUUCCAUGAACAUCACACAGGGAGUUCCUAGGAUUAAGGAAAUUAUUAAUGCUUCAAAAGCAAUCAGUACGCCAGUCAUUUCUACUCAGCUUUUAAAAGAUGAUGACCCGGAGUAUGCUCGACGAGUAAAAGGAAGGAUUGAAAAGACCACACUGGGAGAAGUAACGGAAUAUUUCGAGGAAGUCUAUUUACCCGAUGGUUGUUACAUGUUGAUAAAGUUGGACAUGAAUAGGAUCCGAUUGCUUAAAUUAGAAGUGGACGCAAGUUCCAUUCGAUUGAGCCUAUGCACUGGCAAGCUGAAGAUUAAACCGAAUUUCGUUGCAGUGGUCAGUGAAUCAAUAAUUACUGUCAAACCAGCUCCAAACGCGAAAUCGUCGACGUAUCACGUUAUGCAACAUCUGAAGGAGGAGUUGCCCAAAGUCGUCAUCAAGGGUUUGCCAACUGUCAGUCGAGCUGUUAUCAAUAUUGACGACACGAGAAAGCCACCAAGAUAUUACCUACUUGUUGAAGGUAACAACAUGCGGGAAGUGAUGGCGACUUACGGUGUUCAAGGGUCCUCGACUACAUCAAACAAUAUUUUGGAAGUUUCCAGUACUUUAGGAAUCGAAGCUGCCAAAGCAACGAUUGCUAAAGAAAUUCAACUCACCAUGGAAAGCCACGGCAUGAGUGUUGAUCGUCGUCACGUCGCCCUUCUUUCAGAUCUGAUGAGUUGUCGUGGUGAAAUCUUGGGCAUCACGAGAAACGGAUUGGCUAAAAUGAAAGAAUCGGUUCUGAUGUUGGCCUCAUUCGAAAGUACCUCAGAUCAUUUGUUCGAUGCAGCGUACUACGGCCAGGAAGAUGAGGUUACUGGUGUAAGUGAAUGCAUCAUCAUGGGAAUACCAAUGUCAAUCGGGACAGGGGCUUUUAAAUUACUGUACAAAACCGGAAAGUCGGUUCCACCUAAAACAAGACCACUUAUUUUUGAUGUUCCAGAAUAUCACGUCCCUAUGGUAUAAGUGUUAACAUAAUCUGGAUGCAUGGAGUCGGUUCGGUUGCUGUUAAACUUUAAUUAGUAGACAUUUUUUACGUACGUUGCUGUGUGCUGUCGUUGUACGAUGUUUGCUUUUCGUUUUUUUUUUGUAUGUGUUUUAAGCCAAGAUUACAGGA